GAAUUUUGAUAAAUUUUGCAUGUCAUUUCAUUGUGAAUUGUGAUUUCAAAAUUCAAUUUUCAUAACUCAUCCAGAAAAAUAAAGCAAAGCUUUUGUAUUCAAUUUAUAAAAGUAUUAGAAAAUAUAACAAGAACACCCAUUCAAAAUGCUUAGUGUCAAUGAAAACUUUCCUGAAUAUGCGGUUCCUGGUGCGAAACAAGUACAUUUCGAGCCCUACGCCGACAACGGAGGCAGCGUCGUCGCAAUCGCCGGCGAGGACUACGCCGUCAUCGGGGCCGACACUCGCCUCAGCACAGGCUUCGCGAUCUACACGAGGGAGCAGAAGAAGCUGUUCAAGCUGUCGGAGCUGACCGUGCUGGGCGCGACGGGCUGCUGGUGCGACACGCUCACGCUGACGCGCCUGCUGCAAGCGCGCAUGCGCAUGUACGAGCACGAGCACAACAAGGCGAUGUCGACGCCGGCGGUCGCGCAGAUGCUGUCCACGAUGUUGUAUUACAAGAGAUUUUUCCCUUACUAUAUCUCUAAUGUGCUAGCCGGACUGGACGCCGAAGGUAAAGGCUGCGUAUACAGCUACGACCCCAUCGGGCACUGCGAGCGAUCCAACUACCGCGCCGGCGGCUCGGCGGGCGCUCUGCUCCAGCCCCUGCUCGAUAAUCAAAUAGGUCUAAAGAAUAUGCAAAAUGUCCAAGAGGCCCCUCUCCCCAGAGAGAAGGCUUUGUCUCUGCUGAAGGAUGUGUUCAUUAGUGCCGCCGAGCGCGACAUCUACACGGGCGAUUGUAUCUACAUACUGAUCAUAACAGACAGCGGGAUUCAAGAAGAGAAGUUUGAACUCCGUAAAGAUUAAGCUUGUGUAAAAUGUAUACAAUUAAAGUUUUUAAAAUAAA